UGCUCCCAGCAGAAAGGACGGCUACCGGGCACAGUAAGGGCUCGGGGGUACUUUCAAGCGCGCACCCGGGCUCUGCGCUGCGGAAAACAAGGGUUAAAUUCGCUGGAAGUGAGUUUCUGGUUGCAGAGGCGGAUCGGUGAAGUUGCCAGCCAAAAAAAGGGGGCGGGUUCCGGCCCGUUUGAUGUGCGGGGCUGGCCGAGAGAAUGAAUGGAUGUGCGGGCGGCUGGCCCCAUCCCCGCCGGGCUGCGGACAGAGUGAGAGCCGCUCGCUGAGGGGGCGGAGGGAUGCACUAGGCACGGCGAGCUCUGUCUGCCUGAGCCCGCUGCUGCUGCUGCUGCCGAAAUGAGUCCGUGUGGGCAAUGGGCGCAAUCGAGGUGGGGUUCGCAGCGCUGGAUGUUACAGCAAAGAACCUCUACGUAAGCGACAAGGCUGCCCCUCCUGAUCAUCCCAGUGCUGCUGCUGCUGCUGCUGCGGGCAAAUCGGAAGCCAGUGGGUUUUGUGUGUUGGACGGGAGAAGGUGCUGCAGACCCCGGGGGAAACCAUGCAGCUGAUGCUCUGGGUAAAAGGGCUGCUGAGUCAACUGCUUGUAUUUAUACCUCUUACUCGGGAAUUGCGUUUACAUCCUCAACAAGAGAGCUUCGUCAGGCAGCUGAGCUCCUAUGAGAUUACCUCCCCGAGGCGCCUCAACGAUUUCGGCGAGGCUUUCCCGCACACCCAUCACUUCAGGAGGAGGAAGCGGAGCCCGGACUCGGAACCCUGGGCCUCCCGGACUCACUACCAGCUCCACGCCUUCGGGCAGCUCUACCGACUCAACCUGAGUGCUCACUCGGACUUCAUCGCCGCCACGUACCGGGUCAGACACUUGGGCAGAGCGGAGCCGGGGAGCCCCGACUCGGACCUGAAGCACUGUUUCUACCGCGGGCAUGUCAACUCCGAGAGGCGGCACACCGUGGUGGUCAGCCUGUGCACUGGCAUUAUGGGCACUUUUCAGACAUCUGAUGGACAAUAUUUUUUGGAACCGCUCAUGAAACCAGAUGGAGGGCAAUAUGAAGAUGAGCACAAUAAACCACAUCUCAUAUACAAGCAUGGAGCACUGAAUAGUAAUCCUUUGGGAAAAACUUCUCAUCCAUGUGCAACCUUUGACCAAUAUCAUCAAAGGAAGAAGAGACUUGUGAAGAUGCACAAAGCUAGCAGUUUUAGAGAGCACCUCGAUAUCUUACAGACUGCGAUUAGACCGACACAUCCUCAGACUGAAGAGACCUUGUUGGGCAAUGCCACCCAGCAGCAUUCAAGACAAAAACGCUUUUUGUCAUAUCCAAGAUUUGUAGAGAUCAUGGUCACUGCUGACAACAAAAUGGCGCAACAUCACGGGAGGAAUUUGCAGCACUACAUUUUAACACUUAUGUCAAUAGUAGCUGCAAUCUACCGAGACCCAAGUGUUGGAAACCUCAUCAACAUUGUUAUUGUGAAGUUAAAUGUGAUUCAUAAUGAACAGGAAGGACCAUCCAUCAGUUUUAACGCAGCUACAACUCUUCAUAACUUCUGUGUGUGGCAGCAGACACACAACAUCCUGGAUGAUGCGCACCCAUCCCAUCAUGACACCGCAGUCCUCAUCACUAGGGAAGACAUUUGUAGAGCUAGAAACAAGUGUGAUACUUUGGGAUUAGCAGAACUUGGUACAAUGUGCGAUCCAUAUCGCAGCUGCUCCAUUAGUGAGGAGAACGGUCUAAGUGCUGCCUUCACUAUAGCUCACGAAUUGGGACAUGUGUUCAACAUGCCUCAUGAUGAUAGCUUCAAAUGCAAAGAGGCAGGAAUGAAACACCAGUUCCACGUGAUGGCUCCAACCUUGAACUACCAUACCAGCCCAUGGACCUGGUCCAAGUGUAGCCGUAAAUAUAUCACCGACUUUCUGGACACUGGAUAUGGAGAAUGCCUGCUUGAUGAGCCAGUAACAAGGAGCUAUGACCUUCCAGUCCAGUUACCCGGUCAAAUCUAUGAUGUGAACAAACAAUGCGAACUAAUGUUCGGUGCUGGGUCGCAAGUUUGCCCGUACAUGAAACAAUGUAAGCGACUAUGGUGCACGAGUGUGGAAGGGGUACACAGAGGUUGCCGGACACAGCACAUGCCACUGGCUGAUGGAACUGACUGUGGUCAUGGAAUGCACUGCCGGCAUGGAAUCUGCGUGAACAAAGAGAUGGCAGCGAGGCCAGUGGAUGGAGAGUGGGGACCCUGGGGAUCAUACGGAGCAUGUUCACGAACAUGUGGUGGAGGGAUAAGGAGUGCAGUAAGAGACUGCAACAAGCCAGAACCCAGAAACGGUGGGAAGUAUUGUGUGGGUCGCAGAAUGAAAUUCCGAUCCUGUAACACAGAGCCUUGUCCGAAGGGAAGGAAGGACUUCAGAGAAGAGCAAUGCUCAGAGUUUGAUGGGAAGCAUUUUAACAUCAAUGGCUUGCCGCCAAAUGUGCGCUGGCUUCCAAAGUACAGUGGCAUUCUGAUGAAGGAUCGGUGCAAACUUUUCUGCCGUGUGGCUGGAACUACAGCAUAUUAUCAACUCAAAGACCGUGCCACUGAUGGUACUCCUUGUGGGCCUGAUACAAAUGAUGUCUGUGUGCAAGGCCUGUGCAGGCAAGCUGGAUGUGAUCAUGUACUGAAUUCCAAAGCAAGGAGGGAUAAAUGUGGAGUGUGUGGUGGAGAUAAUUCCUCAUGUCGGACUCUAGCUGGCACUUUUAAUAAUGCACAAUAUGGAUAUAACAUAGUAGUAAGAAUACCUUCAGGAGCGACCAAUAUUGAUGUACGGCAGCACAGCUAUUCAGGGAAGCCAGAAGAUGAUAACUACCUCGCCUUAUCUGACAGUCGAGGUAAUUUCAUCCUGAAUGGAAACUUUGUGGUGAGCAUGUUUAAACGAGAAAUAAAUGUACAGGGAGCCACAAUUGAAUACAGUGGCUCAGACAAUGACGUGGAGCGCAUUAACUGCACUGAUCGGAUUGAGGAAGAGCUGAUUUUGCAGGUUUUAUCUGUUGGAAAUUUGUACAAUCCGGAUGUUCGUUAUUCUUUUAAUAUACCCAUUGAAGACCAACUGGAGAAGUUUGUGUGGGAUCCAUAUGGUUCAUGGCAACAAUGUAGCCGACUGUGCCAAGGGGAACGGAGGAGAAAGGUGGUUUGUGUGCGUAAGAGUGAUCACUUAGUUGUUUCUGACCAAAGAUGCGAACAUUUACCUCGCCCAGUCCCUGACAUUGAGCCGUGCAACACAGAAUGUGAAGUAAGGUGGCACACAGUAGGUAAGAGCGAAUGUACGGCACAGUGCGGACCAGGCUACAGAACGCAAGACAUUCGCUGCAUGAAGUAUACCCACGGCAAAGGACCCAGUGAGUCAAUAGACGACAGAUACUGCAGGGAUCAGCCAAAACCUCCCAGCAGAGAGCCCUGUCAUGGUGACUGUCACAGAACCAGUUGGCAUUAUACAUCCUGGUCACAGUGUUCAAAAACCUGUGGCGGUGGAACAAGGACCCGGGAAGGGUACUGCAUGAGCAACCUUGGCAGACACCUUGUUAACCAAGAGUGCAAUGAGCAUCAGAAUGUUGUAUCGCAGGUUUGCAAUGAAUUUCCCUGCCCUGAAUGGACAGCCAGUGAAUGGAGCGAAUGUCUCGUGACGUGUGGAAAGGGCACAAGACAUCGACAAGUAUCAUGCCUACUGAAUAAUGAACAACUGCAGGAUGACUUUUGCAAUCCAAGUAUCAAACCAGAGGCUGUCGGAAGCUGUGAGCUGCAGGAGUGUGCGUCAUGGCAAGUUGGGGUGUGGGGCCAGUGUGCUGCUACUUGUGGGCAUGGAUACCAAAUGCGUGCAGUGAGGUGUGUAGUAGGUGCUUAUGGUGCAGUUAUAGAUGACAGAGAGUGCAAUGCUGCAACUCGUCCAAGGGAUAGCCAGGAGUGUGAGAUGCCUCCUUGUUUGGAGCCAUCGAAGAUAGUCACGACCACAAGCCCAGCUGUUCAAAGAGGGAUGAUGACCCAAUGGAGAUAUGGAUCCUGGACUCCUUGCUCAGUUACCUGUGGGAAAGGAGCACGUGCUCGCUACGUCAGCUGCAGAGAUGCUCAAGGCGGCAUUGCUGAUGAAUCUUUCUGUGCCCACUUGCCUCGCCCUCCUGAGACAAUGACGUGCUUCAGUCCCUGUGGACAAUGGCAUGCUGGGGAAUGGUCACCCUGUUCUGUCAGUUGUGGUUCUGGGAGGGUCACUCGUCAGGUUGUUUGCACUAGCUACCACCAUCAAAUCACGAUCACGGACGAGAGUGACUGCAAUGCCAUUGGGAAACCGCAUCAGGAGCAAGAAUGCAGUAUGCCCCCGUGCCCCCCGACGUAUCACCAACAUGACUACCCUGCACAGUUCCCACAGCGCGAUUAUCCACAAACCCAUGCGGACUAUCCCUCCCAGGACGUGGCUGGUCAGAAUACAUGGAACAGCCCAUCACGGGGGAGUCAGUGGCGGACAGGACCUUGGGGAGCAUGCUCGAGCACUUGCACAGGUGGAUUUCAGCGACGGGUCGUGGUCUGCCAAGAUGCAGAAGGACGGCCUGCCAACAACUGUGAUGAAAGAGUGAAGCCAGCAGAGACCAGGCACUGCGAUGCUGGAACAUGUCCUCAUUGGAAUUAUGGCAACUGGGGUGAGUGUACACAACCAUGUGAUGGUGGGACAAGAACAAGGCUGGUCAUCUGCCAACUGCCAACUGGUCAAAGAUUGAAUGACCAAAACUGUGACAUCUUGGAAAAGCCUCCAGAUAGGGAACAGUGCAACGUGCAUCCUUGUCCUGGUGGUGUUUUAUGGCAUCGAGGACCAUGGAAUUCGUGUUCUGUAAGCUGUGGAAAGGGCACCAAGCAACGGGAUGUCCAUUGCAUUGACAUGAAGCAGGUAGCUGUGGAUAACAGUUACUGUCAGCACUUGAAGAAGCCUCGAGUCAAUAAACAGUGUAGAACAGGCCGAUGUCCAGCCUGGAAGGCCACUCGAUGGAAGGAGUGUUCGGUGACCUGUGGAGUAGGAUAUCAGCAGAGGGAGGUCUUCUGCCGGCUGAAGGGCGUAGGUCGAAUAAGCGAGGAGACGUGCGAUCCAUUCUCUCGGCCAGCCGUCACACAGCAGUGCCGGCUGCCUGACUGUCUGCACUAUGAAUGGCUUGCAGAUGAAUGGGAAGAUUGUUCUGCAUCAUGUGGUCAAGGUAUACAAAACCGCAAGGUGCUUUGUGUCAAUCACAUUCAGAAACAAGUGGAAGAAAGCUACUGCAACCAUUCAGCAAGACCUCCUUCCAUGCAAAACUGCAUUAUUGCAGCUUGUGAAUACAUAUGGAUUACAGGGGAGUGGUCACAGUGUUCAACAAGCUGUGGCUCAGGAUAUCAGCAAAGGAUGGUUUACUGCACUGAGGUCCACUCUGGCCAAGAUCAUUAUUCAUAUGACCUACCAUCAACAUCAAUCAAUGGAUGCCCUGGUCCACCACCUCCCAACAUACAUGAAUGUAACGUCAGAGAGUGUCGUCCAAUAGCCAGCUGGAGGGUGGGAGCUUGGAGCAAGUGCUCAGUGACCUGUGGUGUUGGGAUAAUGGAGAGGAAAGUGCAAUGCUUGACUGAUAACAGUCAACUUAGUGAACUGUGUCUUCCAAACCAAAAGCCACAGUUCCAGACUCCUUGCUUCAAUGAUGCUUGUGAUGUUUCAGCAAGUUGCAGUGAUAUCCAGAAGACAAAAGAAGUCCAAAAGGAUGGAGAGUACCUGCUAAAAAUUGAAGGCAAAAUAAUAAAGAUAUAUUGUGCAGGAAUGCAUUCCGAUUAUCCCAGGGAAUAUAUCACUUUAUUGAGUGGAGAGGCCGACAACUACUCUGAGGUCUAUGGCUACAGGCUGCACAAUCCUUAUGAAUGCCCUUAUAAUGGAAACAGAAGAAAAGACUGCUCUUGUAAACAUGACUAUCUAGCAGCUGGAUACACUGUGUUUCACAGAAUCCGCUUUGAUAUUAGCACAAUGCAGAUUAUAAUUACAGAUUUGCAUUUUGCUCAGACAGUGCAUGGAAGGUCAGUGCCAUUUGCGACAGCAGGAGAUUGUUACAGUGCUGCCAAGUGUCCUCAAGGACAGUUUAGCAUUAACCUAAGUGGUACUGGCCUGAAAAUAUCAGAAGCAUCAAAGUGGAUUGCACAGGGAAAUUACGCUACAGUCAAUGUACACAGAUCACCGGAUGGCACAAAGGUUUAUGGAAGAUGCGGUGGCUACUGUGGAAAAUGUGUUCCUCAAACAAGUACUGGUCUUCUGAUGCAAGUCCAGUAAAGACUUGGUGUGAUGUGAUGUUUGCAGAAGUUAAAGGAAAAAGUUAAACCACUGUGUGGAAUGGGACCUGACUGGAGGCAAUUCAUCACUAUGGAGAUAAUGAACCAGCACAAAUUCCAGCAAUCUUUCGGAAUUAAUGUUCAUUGCCUCAUCAAUGGCAGCUAUUAAGAGUGUAAUGAUUGUUUUAUGAGCUUGCUAGUUUCCCUGCCAUGUUAAAGCCCAGGUCAGACUCUUUGAACAUCAAGGAAUAUCCGAAAUUGCUUAUCUGCCCCUAGUACAGGAUAGGAAGUGAAGAGUGCUCAUGGCAUUGUUUUGAGAAACCAAAGUUCAUGCUUAAUGUUUUGCAAUGGCUGUCUGGGCAGAUUCGAUUUUCCAAUCCUGGCUGCUAUCCCUAAACAUCACCCUCCUCUCUCUGUUAACUCUGAAACCGUCCCAUUAAUAGAACAUACCACAUCAGUGACAAUGUCGUAUUACCGAUUGGAAGGUGUCUUUUUGAAGGAGUGAAAUUAAGACAAUGAUGGUGUUAAAAGAUUUGAGCUUCAACUUCCCGAGUCUGUUAUUUUGUGUAAACAUACAAGUUAAAAAUAAGUGUAUUAUUCUAAAAUGAGAAAAACCUUGACAAUGGUAACAUGCCACAUGACAAGGGUAUAUUACAGGUGCUAAUCUUUAAAACAUCAACUCAGUCACUGUCUCUGCUGUCUCGCUGCUUAAGCCAAGGCAGCGACAACAUGUUGUCCCAGUGAUAUUGCUACCUGUGUAACAGCUUUGACUUUGCUGGGAGCAGUACUUUGCACCCAUUUAAAGUGCAUGAGGUUCAGUUUGCUGGUCUGACUGCCACUUCAAAUCACAGAAAAGUACUGUAAAUAAUGCAGAUCACCUGAACACUUGCUAAUGCAAAGAAGUUGGCUUUAUAUGGGUUUUGGGCUUACUGGAAUGAGCUGCCAGAGGAAGUGGUGGAGGCUGAUGCAAUUACAGCAUUUAAAAUACAUCUGAAUGGGUACGCGAAUAGGAAAGGUUUGGAGGAUAUGAGCCAUGUGCUGGCAAAUGGGACUAGAUUAGGUUUGGAUAUUUGAUGGCAUGGACGAGUUGGACUGAAGGGUCUGUUUCCAUGCUGUACAUUUCUAGGACUCUACUCGUCUAGCAGUUCGCAAUUCUGAUGUGGGAACAAGGAUUAACAGAAUGGCAGACCAUGGUAUAUUGUGCUCUAAAACAGGUCACUGUGGCUAUUCCUUGUUGCUGCAGUAAGUACUUUAUGUAAGGAAGCCAAGUUUGUUUUCUUUUGCCAGCUGUGUUCAAAACAGUUUUCACUUUUGUCAGAACUGCAUCAAUCCCAAGGGAGGAAAAAAAAAUGGAGGCAUGUAUCGUUAACCAUAGAAACAUCACUUUGCCCUAUAAAUCCAACCAUCCUGGAUUUGUGAAUCACCUAACUCUGUUCAUCUCACUUCAAUUGGUUUGCUUCUCUUGUGGAGAAAAAUCAGAUUCACACUCAUUUCCUUAUCCAGUGAUGGAUGGAAAAAAAUGGCGAUGGAACUGCAUUGACACAUCCGUCAUGUGAACUAUAGCCCCCUCACUGAGUUUGUUAAUGUGAUUUUUUUUUAACUUUGGACACCAAAAGCGGUUGUCAGAAUAUAUUUUGUUUCAAGAGCUAUUUUGCAGUAAAGAAUAUUGCCUCCAUAUCUUCCUAUAUCAUCAUAGCUCUGGUGUCAGAGACUAGAGACCAACAUGAACACCGAUGCAGCAGUACUGGGCCUGGCCGCUGAUUGCAUAACACCAAAGCAUUUAGGAAUUAUUAUUGCCAAAAAAAUUCCUCCAGUUAAAAGAAUAGUUGUAGAGAGAAAACCAAAGCAAUCAGAGCCUGUAAUAAAAACUGGCCGGAGUGGAAAAGCUACCUCUCUUAGCAAAAAGAUGUAUAUAAAAAGAAAUAUAUUUUAUUAUGUUGUAAUAUAUUUAUGCACUGUCCUAUUUAUUUUGAUAUUUUUGUACAUAUGCAUUUACCUACUAAAAUUGUAUUAGUUCUCCAUUAAUACCCCAUCAGCCACCAUUGCUUAUUCUAUACAUGAUCGGAUAUUUGUGUGCAAGGUGUAAAGAGGAGGGACGUGACAUUGUCACCAUUUUGUGGAUUACUGUUGAACAGAACAGCUGUAAUGAGCAAGCUGACCUGCCACCAUAGCAAUACAAUGACAUUUUUCAAUAUGCACAGCAGUGCUGCCUGUUUACAUAAAUUAAUUUACAAAGUUUUCUAUCAGGACAGUAAUACCCUUUAAACAAGAGCAAAUGCAAACUGAACUGUUCUGAAUAAUGUGCUAUUGUUGCUGCCUACUGCUGAUAACGACAGUUGUAUUGAUAUCGGCAUAAAAUUUGUAAGCUCUACCAACUAUAUUACUCGGCUGGAAAAUGCUUAUAAAGGCCAUAUUCUUUCUGAUAUAAUCUAUUGCAGACAAGACUAAAAGUAAAUCAGACAGAACAAUAAAACGUGUCUUCAUAGUUUGCAAUGAGAGAAAUAGAGAUAAUUUAAUACUCUUGUUCGAAAAUGAAAUUUGCUACAAAACACACAUUGUGCUGGAUCUCAUUAUUCUGACCUCAUUUAUUUAUGUCAGUACAAUAUGGGUAUUGAUUCAGUAAACCCUGAAUUGUAAUAUUAAAGAUACUUCCAAUAUACACCGAGAUGAGAGUUGCAGAGCAAUUUGUGAAGCUUUCCAAUUCAGAAUUUUCAUUCAGUUUUAACCUUCAAUCCCGUGUUGGAACAAUACGCAUUUUUAAAAAUUGUUUGGGCAUUUGUAUUCUUAGAAAAAAAGUGGUUCGCCCCUCUUAUUAGGGAAUGCUUUACCUGUCAACCAAGUUAAUAAAAGUAAGCAGGUUAGUUAGUUAACUAAAAAUUUAUAAAAAGUAUGAAAGCUGAAUUGCACAUCAGCUCUCAUCUUAAACAGUCAGUCAAUGCAGAUCUCAGCAAAGGCAGCUGUCAAGAGCAGGAACCAACUCAAUCAUAACACAGAGUUACAGGGUUAGGGUAGAAGGGUGGGAGCUGUUGGGAGGUACGGUGUAGACUCAAUGGACCGAAUGGCCUGCUUCCACACUAUAAAGGCUUCUAUAUUCUAUCUGAAACUAUCCCAGCCCAACAAUGUGAAGCUUGUUAACACUGAACUAAAUGGGGCCCUUUUGGUGAAGUGGUAGUGUCCUGUGUUCAAGUCCCACCUGAUUCAGGAGGUUUACAAUAGCAACUCAAAACAGGUUGUUUGGAAAAGAUCUAGCACUGAGUCUAAUCAACAAAAGUUGAGCACUGGUUCCAAUCUCAGAACUACAGAGUUUCCUCUAUUUUUAAACAAACAAAAAAUCUGUAAGGACUCAUUUUCUAGUCCUAACCUCAUUUUAUAUUAUAUUAAUAUACCUGAUGACUAAUUAUUAUUUAACCACAACCUUUUAUGUAAUAAGCUAAAUCAGUGAAAAAAGAUUGUACACAGAUUGGACAAGAUAACAGGCAACUGUUUACAGCUAACAUUUAUGAAAAACAAGCCUUCAAGAGGUGCCUUCUUUAUUGAUCAGGCUCAUCUGUUAUGUGGUGCUCACGGCAGGAUUGCAGAGUAUUCUCAUCCUGUCAAAUUAGUAAAACAAAUCCAAAUUUGAUCUGAAAAUGUAUUUUAUUAUGGUGCUCAAGUCUUGGUGAAAUAGGUGGAUAACGAUUUUGCAAACCUUGUGUGGUAGUUAUUUUAAUAAAGCUGAAAUACUACUUUUUGAAAAAUAGGUCAAUGCUCGCCACUAAAAUAGCAGGUGGAGUAGUGCUCUUAGAAGCAUUAGCAAUUGAAAUGUACUAAGUAUUUGGCCAAUAUCACACGAACAGUAUGUUUUAGACAGGUAGAUUUUUCAAAUAAAAAAAGUACAUUUAACAGAACGUGUAUUUAAACUGAAAGCAGAAUUGCUUCAGAUGCUAUCUUAAAUUUGUGACCCCUUAUCUUUAGGAAUAUAAUUGUAACUGUACCUGUACACAAUCUUAUACACCAGUUAUUUUAAUUCCUCCUUUAUCAAGAGAGCUCAAGAUUUAACUAAGAGGCAUUAUCAAUGGUAACAUAUUUUAAAUGACGUAGCUUUGAUAAGCUAUUUUUAAAAAGUAGAUGUCUACUACCAUGAACUUUCUAUUGACCAUACUGGUAUAUGUGAAAGAAAAAAUAUUAAGUUUAUUAUCUGCUCGAAUAUCUCCUAGCUAAUUUAUUUAAGUCAUGUUUUCAGUGCAUUAAAAUUUUAUAUUGUUACAAUCACUAUUGGAUGAAUAGGUGGUCAUGAAUUCAGGCAUUAGAACAUAUUUUCACUGCAUUUAAAAUAACUCUCCAGAGAUCUUUUACUAGCUAUAUGAUAGCUUUCUUACACCCAUGCUGAUCUUUUGCUUAAAUCACAUGUAAACCAAAUCUAAAAGGCUAACCAAAUUAAACACAGAUACAAUUUGUGGAAAACAUCAAAAACUUCUCUUUAAGAUACAUGUUUGGAAUCUCAAUAAUGCAAGUUACUAAUCAAACUUAGCAUAUGUGCUUGAUACAAGUCCCUAACAAUAAAAACUAUCAGGAAAAAAAGGUACAAUUUGCACUAAGUGCGGCAAAAAUAGUUGUAAAACUAUGCUGUGUACUAUUUUGUUGUUUAAUAUUUUCUACAUAAAUAAACUUAAUGACAAUUUUAUAAGUGUGUUCAUGAAAUGGUACCUCAAACUUUGUAACGUGAGUAUUUACCUUAAUAUUUGAUUUCAAUAACUCCAUAUUACAGAGCAGACUAAGAGAGGAUUUGCAAGGCUUUGAGCUUACAUCACUGCAGUCUCCAAAGAAAUACAAGGAGUACAUUUGUAAAAAUAAAAUCUUGUUAUAAAUUGACAGCUAUUAAAUAGAUUUGGUGCUUUACCUGCAUAUCUACUGUAAUGUUUAAUUGUUUCUUACAAUGUAUUGAUUUAAGUCACAGUUAUGACUUUAAAACUGUAAAUUCCCAAAUAAAUCUGUUAUUUCGUA